AUGUUUCUCGUCGGUCUUACUGGAGGGAUAGCAUGUGGAAAGAGUACUGUAAGCAAGAUUUUCCGGGAUAACGGCGUUUUUGUCGUUGACGCAGACCAAAUCGCACGUCAAGGUAUGUACAAUAUUUUUGCUCCAUUUAUUUUUAGUUGUUGAACCAGGGAAACCGGCUUAUAAUCAACUGAGGACGGAGUUUGGUGCGGAGUAUUUUAAUGACGAGAUUGAUGGGUCCUUAAAUCGAGAGAAGAUGGGGAACUUGGUUUUUCACAACGUUGAGGUAAUUUUGUUUGUCUUAUUUUGCUAUCUGUAUAAUUUUAGGCUCGAAAAAAACUUAAUAAAAUUACACAUACAGCAAUCCGGAAAGAGAUGCUCUGGCUUAUUAUUCAACAGUUUUUCCACGGAAAACGCUUCAUUGUAUUAGACAUUCCAUUGCUGUUUGAAGGAGGAUUGAACCGAUUUGUGCAGAAGAUUGUAGUAGUUUCUUGGUAAGUUAAUAUAAGUUAGUCAAUUGCUUCAGUGAUUCGGAUACUCAGCUUGAGAGGUUGUGUCAGAGGGAUGGAUUAAGUAAAGAACAAGCUGAAGCCAGAAUAAGUUCUCAAUUGCCGAAUGAAUAUAAAGUGAAGAGAGCAACUUAUAUUAUUGACAAUCAAGGUGAGUAUUACCGGUUAUUGAACUCUAAUAAUAAGAUUUGACCUUCAAUGACCUUUGUUUGCAGGAUCCGUGGAAGAGACCAGAGAACAGGUCCAUCAAAUCGUUUCAAUGUUGAACUCCAGCUGGAUUCCAUAUGUCCUGCGGACCGGACUGUUGAUGUGCUUGGUCGUGGCCGGCUAUUGCCUCUGGGGCUUCUUCCGGUGA